GUCAAUUGAGACGUGUUCACACUGUUUGGUCACUCGGACACGCGAAACGCAGCAGCUGCCGCCGCAGCAGAAAAAACCAGCACUGUGCCCACAGACCCAACUCUUAAUCAACCACCAUCUACCAUCCACUAACAGUUAUGGAAACCGUUGUUCGCGUCGUUGACACCCUCAAGUCUUUCCGGGAAACCCGCUUGAGCACACUCAGAACUCCUGCAGAAUUCUUUGAUGUCCACCGAAUUUCAAGACCUGCAGAUUUUAACACGGCAGUAUCGCGACUCACAUAUAACACUCGGUAUUUCUCCGGGAACUACACUCUCAUCGUAGCUGCUCUUGCAGUAUAUUCCAUUAUUGCAAGUCCCCUCCUUCUCUUAUCCCUCGUCUUCCUCUUUGGAGGCUUUGCCGUCAUCAACCGUUUUGAGGAAGUCUAUGGACAAUUUGUCACCCAAAAGACCCUGUACACGGCGCUCUUCGUGAUCGGUAUUCCCCUCCUGUGGUUCUCCUCUCCAUUCAUGACUUUAUUCUGGCUCAUCGGAGCAUCCGCGUGUCUCAUUCUCACUCACGCAUGCUUGAUCGAACCAGGUGUGGAGAGCGAAUAUGCAAAUAUCGAAGGAGCAGUGUAAAAAUGCCAUGGGGGAAAAGAGAAUGAGAAAUGAGUGUGCAUGUGGUUGGUUGUUGUACUCCUUGGAGAUUGGACUAUUUUCUUAUUGUCUCCACUCGAAUCCUAAUUACGGCUGCUCGUUCUCAUUCGUCGAUACCUCGUCUCCAAUAUAUAGGCGUGUAUUUCCCUUGCGCGCAUAGAUUGUACGAAUUGGAACAGGAUCGACUAAAAGUCAGCUUCAUUGUCUACGUUUAGAAUAUCAGUACUAGGAUAAUGAUUCUAUUGCAAUGGCGGUGCAGGCGAAAUCAUGUGCAAUAUAAGAAGUUCAUAAAGUAAUGUACAGAGUUAAGCCAUCCU